AUGAUCCUCACGUUCAUGCGCGUGAGUGCGGUCAUCGCGCCGCCGCGGCCCGAGGCCAUCGACAAGCUGCGCCGCAUCGUGGGCCGACCGCCCAAGAUCAAGUCCCGCGUCAAGAUCGAAAUGACGACCAUCAACGGAAUCAAGUGCGAGUGGAUGGAGCACAUCUCUGCCGCGGAUUGCCCGUUGGUCAUGCUCUACCUGCACGGGGGCGGCUACUGCAUGCUCUCCACGGCCACGCACCGCGGCCUCACCUCCAAAUUUUCCAAACUGGCCGGCAUCAAAGUCCUCGCCGUUGACUAUCGUUUGGCGCCCGAGCACCCGUUCCCUGCGGCGCUGGAGGACGCUCUUGCGGUCUACACUUGGCUUAUCGACCCGCAAGGCGGGGGCUAUCGGCCCCAAAAUGUGGUCAUCGGCGGGGACUCGGCCGGGGGCGGCUUGACACUUGCUACCAUGCUUCGAGCGAGGGACCAAGGCCUGCCGCUGCCCUCGGCUAUCGUCUGCCUGUCUCCCUGGGUGGACCUGGAAUGUCGAGGCGAGAGCUGGAAGAAGUACAAGUCCUACGACUACCUCUCCAUGCCCGAGACCUUCAACUGCCCCCAGAUGUACGCGGGCAAUCAUCGGCUCGACCACCCACUCAUCUCGCCCAUCAACGCUUCCCUGGUCGUGGGCGAAGUGGAGGUGUUGCGGGACGAGGCAGUGAUGCUCGCCGAGAAGGCGAAGACAGACGGUGUCGACGCCACCCUCGAGAUCUACACCGACAUGGUGCACGUGUUCCAGGCCUUUGGUGGUCUCGCCGCCAAGUCGCGAGAGGCACUCAACUCGGCCGUGGCCUUCAUCCACACUCACAUCGGCCGCACUCGCCGCCAAUCAGGCCCAACCUCCUUUACUUCCAUCACUUCCACUUCCACUUCCUCGUCCCUCUUCGUCGCCGUCGCCGCACUCUGA